AUGUCCAGCCUACACCGUCUGCUCCUGUCUUUAGCAUGGGUAACUCUCGGACCUCUUGUAGGACUGGUGGAGGCGGGUCAAAUUUGUGGUGAUAUCGGGACGCACAACGCCGCAGGGACGACCUACUACAUGGGAAACUUCUUCUUCAGGGCACCACCAACGUUCGCUCUUUGUGCGGACUUCUGCAAGAAGGAUUUUCCACGUUGCAAGAGCUUCCGAUACAGCUACUACUCGGACGCAGAUGCCCAGUACUGCGAAUUCUUCCCAGAAUUCCUUGAAACCUUCUUUGUCAGCGACAAUUCACAGCCAUACUACUACUACGAUGUGGACUGCGCAUUUCCUUCUUACGCUUCUACUGAGACAGUCACUCAGCUGACCACCGCUACCAUCGCUCUAUCUACUACCACAUCCGUGUCUGUGAAUACAACAACGAUGACGCUCCUAUCUACGAGUACCAUAACCAUGACGACAACAGAUACGGUCCUAGCGACAGCCACUCGAUUUGCCACAUCAACAUCCACCUCAACGCUCCUCGUCCCCACGCCUCAGCGAGCCACCGCAUUGACAACAUCAACGGUACUUGUCCCGAACACCCAGCGCUUCACAUCAACCUCGACCCUCGUCGUCCCGACGGUCCAGAGAACCACAAUUGUCUCGACAAUUAUCCGCCCAACCACGCAAACGCUUACACAAAUCGACCUCGACCAUAACAUCAACGUUUAUCAGCGUCAGCGCGAAGGUAGUGACAUACACAUCCCGGACGACUACCACGGUAAUCAGACCGACAUACGUCAUACAGACGAUUACAAGAACUGUCAAAUCCUAGCUAAGUCCCUUCCCAGUCUCGGUGCGUCAAAUGUUAUACUCUUGUGUUGA